CUUGUCAUUGAAGGAAAGGUGGGAACUGGAUAUCUAAGUAACAUUGCCCUUGAUGAUAUCACAGUCACUAAAACAAAAUGCACAGUACCCCCCGCAUGUAACUUUGACAAUGGAGAUAUGUGCAGCUGGAUGAAUCUUGGCUUGAGUGACAAUUUUGACUGGAUACUGAACAGAGGCAAUGCAAGCGCUUCUAGUAACAGACCACCAGUGGAUCAUAGCCAGAAUUCUGCACAAGGUUAUUAUGUCUACAUGGAAUCACGCCAGCUCCAGCUAACCCCUGAGAAGGCUUACCUCCUCAGUGCAGAGCUGGCGGCCACAAGUGGAGCAACUUACUGUUUCAACCUUUCCCCUCCUGAUGCAUUGCCGCCUGGUGUAACGGCAGUUCCAAGAAACACAUUUAGUACAGCCAAUCCAGGCUCUUUCACAUCAAGUCCAACCACUUUCAACUGCAAUUUUGAAUCCAACAUGUGUGCCUGGACGAACUCAACAAGUGACAACUAUGACUGGUCAUGGGGAAAAACAGCCUCACAGGUGGCAAAUGGCAGCAGUAACUUACCUAAUGUUGACCAUACUACAAAUUCUGGGGGUGGCCACUUUGUCUACUACAAUAUGAGACAAGGUAUUGCCAAUGGCGUUGCUCUCCUGACCAGUCCAAAGAUUUCAGCAAGUGGUCCUAAAUGUCUCAGGUUCUGGUACAACAUGAACAGCAAUGUUAAGCAGUUAAAUAUUUACAUUAGGAAGGGAAGUGCACUUUCUGUGUCACAAAAAAGUAUGAUUGGAAGUCAAGGUCCAAACUGGCAUGAAGGAUAUUUGAACAUCAAUGAGACUGGCACAUAUCAGGUAGUGUUUAGCGGAGUAAAAGGGGUCAGUGGAAUUGACGGAGUCAUUGCACUUGAUGACAUAACAAUUGCAGAUGGCAUAUGUGAAGUCCCGUCACCAUCAAUUGUUAACUUGACAGCAAGCCAAACAUUCAGCUGUGACUUUGAACAGCCAGACUUGUGUAAAUUCACUCAGGACACCACUGAUGACUUUGAUUGGACACAGCAGCAGCGAGGAACUGACACUCAACUCACUGGCCCAGAAAAUGACCACACUUAUGGAACUGCUGAUGGGCACUACGUGUUUACUGAGGCAUCAGAUAUCAAUGGGCAGAUCAAGCAGUCUGGUGAUUCUGCCCGACUCAUCAGUCCAACCUUCAUUUCUGUCAGUGAAGAUAUCUGCCUCAACUUCUUCUACCACAUGUAUGGACAGAGCAUGGGAACUCUCAAUGUCAGGCUGCGAACUGGUCCUAACUUCAAAGCUCUGAAUCAAGUGAUAUGGACAAUGAGCGGAGAUCUUGGCAAUCAGUGGAAUAUAGGAGAAGUAACAAUACCAGCCGUGAUGAUUUCACAGAACUUUCAGAUUGUCUUUGAAGCUGUGAGAGGAAUCAGUUACUUCAGUGAUAUAGCCUUGGAUGAUGUUUCCGCCAAGCUGGGACCUUGUGCAUCACGGGCCACAUGCAAUUUUGAUACAGACAUGUGUUACUACUCAGAUUAUCCAGCAGAUUAUAACUGGAUCCGACAUCAUGGCUCCACAGACUCUGAUUAUACUGGACCUAGUGCUGACCACACCCAGGGAAAUGACAAUGGCUAUUAUAUGUACUUAGAGGCAUCAGCACCUCAUAUCCAAGGGCAGACAGCAGUUCUUAGCAGUGAGAGGUUGUCACCAACAAAUGGCAGCUGCUUCACUUUUUGGUACCACAUGUAUGGAAGCAGUAUUGGGAAACUCAACAUUCUCAUCAGCAUCACUCCGACACAGAAUGCCACAGUCUGGUCACUCUUCGGUGAUCAGGGAAACCAGUGGCUCAAUGGUCAAGCUCCGAUUGUAUCCCAGUACAACAGUUUCUUUAUUUUAAUUCAAGGUGUAAGAGGAGUUGAAUUCGAUGGAGACAUUGCAAUUGAUGAUGUAGGAUAUCAGAACUCUCCAUGUGGAACACUCCCUGCUACGGCUAAGCAAAUAGUACACAUCCUGACACCACCACCUCCUGUACAGACAUCUACCGGACCUUUAGACUGCACGUUUGAAACAGACAUGUGUUCUUGGGUACAAUCAAAAACCGAUAUUUUUGACUGGCAGAGGGAAGCCACACGGGAUCCUUCAUCUAGCUCUGGACCCACUGUAGAUCACUCCGGGUCUGGCUUCUUUGCCUUCAUUGACUCCUCUACACCACGCCGCCAGUACGAUAACGCCAUCCUCAACAGCCCUGUCACAUCUGGUGAACACUGUUUUAUCUUCUGGUACUACAUGUGGGGGGACCAUAUCUGGACACUGAAUCUCUACAAGGGACCCAGCAAACAAACUCUGCUGUGGACCAGACAAGGAACUCAGGGCAAAAAAUGGCUGCAAGCAAACAUCUACAUUGACAGUGCUUAUGCUUAUGUGCUGCAAAUUGAAGCCAUUGUUGGAUCAGGAGCAGGUGGUGACAUAGCCAUAGAUGACAUCUCUGUUACAAAUAGCAAGUGCCCAGAAGCACUUCUAGGUGUUCCUGGUGUCAGCUGCAAUUUUGAGCUGGAUUUCUGUGGCUAUGUCCAAGACAAAACAGAUGAGUAUGACUGGACAUGGCACUCUGGUUCCACACCAUCAGACAACACAGGACCAGUGGAGGAUCACACAUAUGGAACUAGCUAUGGCAAUCAAGGACCAGACUGGAUUAAGGCUACAGUAGAUAUUACAGCCAACUCUAAUAGAAUAGACAUCAUAUUUGAGGCAACUACAGGCAUUGAUUAUGACAGCGACACAGCCAUUGAUGACGUUGUACUGAGAAAUGGAAAAUGUACUAGCAAAGGUGUGUCUUGUAACUGUGACUUCCAGAUGGGCAUGUGUUCUUGGACAAAUUCACAGAAUGAUUCUAUGGACUGGCUUCCUGAGUCGGGCUCAACAGAUUCUCCCGAUACAGGGCCCCAAAGCGAUCACACAUUUGGCAACUACUCAGGCUACUACUUGUUCAUUGAAACCUCAACACCAGUGAUGCCUGGUGACAAUGCAAUUCUCCAGAGUGAGCUUUUUGAGCCAGAGAAUGAUGUGGUUUGCUUCCACUUCUUUUACAACAUGUAUGGUGACACCAUCGGCUCGUUGCGUAUCUGGCAGGUCUACUACAACAUCAGUUCAAAUAAACUGCCAGAGAUAAGUCGCCAGGUUUUGUGGAUGCUCAGCGGAAAUCAGUCACAGGCUUGGCUUGAGGGAGUGAUACCAAUUGUCAAUUCAAAACAGAGUUACAAGAUUCUUAUUGAAGGUGUUGCUGGAUCAUCAUAUACUGGUGACAUCGCUAUAGAUGACAUAUCCAUUAUCCAUGGAGCAAGUUCGUGUGUUUUGUCACCAGCUAAUGCAUCACCGACUAGCACUGUACCACCCCCAACAGCAACACCUCCUAUUGCCCAGAUUCCAGCCAACUUCAACUGUAAUUUUGAUACUGAUAUUUGUGGAUGGACUCAGGAUACUAUCAGUGGACAAAUGUGGAUUAGAUAUCAUGGCGUCACACCUUCCUUAGACACAGGUCCUACUACUGACCAUACAUCAGGAAAUGGUUUUUACAUUUACCUGGAGACCUCUACUGGAUAUCCUGGUAUGAAAGCCAGACUGAACAGUCCUCUCAUUACUCCUGGAGCUUAUCAGUGUUUCUCAUUUUGGUAUCACAUGUAUGGUGAAACAGUAGCAAGCCUCGAUGUCCAGCUAAAGGGAUCUAACGGUACUUCAGUCAUGAUCUGGCAGGCAACUGGCUCUCAUGGAGAUCAAUGGAUUCAAGCCCGCAUUGACAUUGGUGAUUCAACUCCUUCUUUUGCCAAUCAGAUUGUUCUGGAAGCUGUUCAAGGAUCUUCAAUUACUGGCGACAUUGCUGUAGAUGAUGUGCAACUGGUUCCAGGACUCUGCUCAGCUGCAGGAUCCUCACCCAUUGACUGUGACUUUGAGAAUGUGGGCAUUUGUGGGUACAUGCAGGAUUCCAGAGAUCAGUUUGAUUGGACAUGGUCUUCUGGUGAAACAUCGUCUGACAGUACAGGACCCACUAGUGACCACACUUAUGGAACUGUCUUAGGUCAUUACAUGUACACCGAAGCAUCCCCUCAGUACUAUGGAGACAUAGCUAGAUUAUGGUCACAACCAUUUAGACCGACACCUGGCCAGUGCUUGUCCUUCUACUACAGCAUGAAUGGAGCUGACAUGGGGACCUUGUCUGUGUUCUAUGGCUACCUCAACCAAACUGCCAAUCUUGGCAUGACCCAGUUGUGGAGUCUGAGUGGCGAUCAGUCUAGUCAGUGGCUACAGCAGUAUGUCCUGCUGCCAGUGCCAGUUGCUCAGCCAGUGAAUAUUGUAUUCCAAGGAAAAAUGGGACCAAGUUUUAUGAGCGACAUGGCUAUUGAUGACAUCAAGCUUCUGCAGUUCUGCCCUGCUCCAGGCGAAUGUACCUUUGAAGAUGGCUUAUGUGGAUGGAUGGCCCCCUCUUCAACAUUUCAUGGCAUUGACUCACAGUUUGUUCGGGCAACUGCCAAUUCAAGAAUAUUUGUUGCCGCUGCACCACAUCCACCAGUUGACCACACUACAGGAACAGGCAAUGGAACUUACAUGAUUUUGCAGUCAGAUUUAAACAGUGGAAGCCAGCAAAGUCAGAAUGUGAGUUUGGUCUCAGACGUUAUCCAAGCCACGGGAUCUAAUGGAAAGUGUUUCCACUUUUGGUUCAACAACUAUGGGAUUCAUUUUUCAACAGCUUCUCUUGUCAUUCUGCAAAAGCAAAUCAUAUGGAGGUUAUCAAGUAGCACCAACACCACAAGCUUGUCUGAGGCUCAGGCCUUUGUCUACAGUCUGACACCUUUAAAGAUUGCAUUUAAUGUCACAUUACUGGGAGGUUCUGGUUCCUUUACUGUUGAUGACUUUACCUUUACUGAUGGUUACUGCACAGUGAAGCCCCAAAGCGCUUAUGUGGCAGGUGGUGCAAAUGCAACAAUACAGCCUCCAGUUACUCCCUUCACUGGUACAGGCCUGCCUACCGAUUGUGAUUUUGAGAGUGGCUUUUGUCACUGGACUCAGCACACAGGAGAUGAUCAGUUUGAUUGGUCAAUAACUUCAGGAGCGACAGACACAAAGACCACUGGACCUUCUGUGGAUCACACUUAUAAAACUGAUGCUGGGCACUACAUCUACAUUGAAUCAUCAAGCCCAAGAAUUCCUAACGACACAGCUGUCAUUGAGAGCCCAACUUUGAAUGGAACAAGUCCAGUGUGCCUUAUAUUCUGGUACCAUAUGUAUGGUGCCAGCAUCAAUGCGCUCAACAUGUACACUAAAGCUCUAGGACAGCCCCGAGUGCUGCUAUGGACACGUCACAAAAACCAGGGCAGUGACUGGAUUGAAGCAGCUGUUGAUCUACCGAAUCAUGCUUUGAAUAUUUAUAGCAGAAUAGCUGAUAUUUCACUGAUUUCAGGCUCUGAUGAUACUGCUGACCGCUGCGAUUUUGAGACAGACAUGUGCGGAUACGUAGCUGAAACAGUUAUUCCCUGGGUGCGACGGCAGGGACUAACGCCCACUGCUAACACGGGCCCAACAUAUGAUCAUACCUACCAGACUGUACAAG